UCUGUGAUCAUGUGCAUCUUCCACAUCUUCGUGGUGUGCGUUUGGGUCCUCCUGGGCUUCUGACCCGCGCCGUGUGUGCGCGGGACCCCAGCCCUAAGUGUCUUACUGUGUCUGUGAGCGUUUUUGUAUUCUGAGUGUGUGCAAGGGCUUUCGCCCGCCUGGCUCGGUUCCUGAGACUUGCGCUAAGCGGGCCUGUGCGAGUGCCGCCGCCUCCGCCUCCAGCCGCGUGCUGUCCUGUGUGCGGACCGCGUGCCCAUCGUGCGCAGAAGCCCAGCGCAGCCCCCGGAGCAGCCCCUGCACCGCCUCCGCUCCCCGGACCGCGACCCAGGCCGCCCCGAGAUGAUCGCGACCGGAGCCCUCCUGCGCGUCCUCUUGCUCCUGCUGGCUUUCGGCCACAGCACCUAUGGGGCUGAAUGCGACCCACCCUGCGACCCUGAAUAUGGAUUCUGCGAGGCUGACAAUGUCUGCAGGUGCCAUGUUGGCUGGGAGGGUCCCCUCUGUGACAAGUGUGUAACUGCCCCUGGCUGUGUUAAUGGAGUCUGCAAGGAACCAUGGCAGUGCAUCUGCAAGGACGGCUGGGAUGGAAAAUUCUGCGAAAUAGACAUUCGGGCUUGCACCUCAGCCCCCUGCGCCAACAACGGAACUUGCGUGGACCUCGAGAAAGGCCAGUAUGAAUGCUCCUGCACCCCCGGGUUCUCUGGAAAGGACUGCCAGCACAAGGCUGGGCCCUGCGUGAUCAAUGGCUCUCCCUGCCAGCACGGAGGAGCCUGCGUGGAUGAUGAGGGCCGGGCUUCGCAUGCUUCCUGCCUGUGCCCCCCUGGCUUCUCAGGCAACUUCUGUGAGAUCGUAACCAACAGCUGUACCCCUAACCCAUGCGAGAACGAUGGCGUCUGCACCGACAUCGGGGGUGACUUCCGUUGCCGCUGCCCAGCUGGAUUCGUCGACAAGACCUGCAGCCGCCCGGUGAGCAACUGCGCCAGUGGCCCGUGCCUGAACGGGGGCACCUGCCUCCAGCACCCCCAGGUGAGCUUCGAGUGUCUGUGCAAGCCCCCGUUCAUGGGUCCCACGUGCGCGAAGAAGCGCGGGGCUAGCCCCGUGCAGGUCACCCACCUGCCCAGCGGCUACGGGCUCACCUACCGCCUGACCCCCGGGGUGCACGAGCUGCCUGUUCAGCAGCCCGAGCACCACAUCCUGAAGGUGUCCAUGAAAGAGCUCAACAAGAGUACCCCUCUCCUCACCGAGGGACAGGCCAUCUGCUUCACCAUCCUGGGUGUGCUCACCAGCCUGGUGGUGCUGGGCACCGUGGCCAUCGUCUUUCUCAACAAGUGCGAGGCCUGGGUGUCCAACCUGCGCUACAAUCACAUGCUUCGCAAGAAGAAGAACCUGCUGCUACAGUGCAACAGUGGCGAGGAGCUGGCGGUCAAUAUCAUCUUCCCCGAGAAGAUCGACAUGACCACCUUCAACAAGGAGGCUGGUGAUGAGGAGAUCUAAGCAGCGUUCCCCACCCCACCCCCCAGGCCCUCCUCUAUGAUCGGGGUUCCUUAGAGCUCUCUAUGCGGUCUGUGCUUUUGUGGUGGAGUUUGCCCUAUUGUGUGGAAUCUAGUGAACGCUUUGCUUACAUAUAUUGUCUUGUGUUGCUGUGUGCCAUGCUAUCACGCUAUCUAAGAACCCCUCCCUCCCUAUUAAUGCAUGAUAAUGAAUAAUAAUAAGAAUAAUAAUAAUAAGAAUUUCAUCUCUAAAUGA